AUGGCCGAAAGUGAUAACAAGCAAAACCCGGACACAUCUGAUGAGGGUUUAUACGAUUUCAUGGUCCCUUUGUGCCCCGGCCCCUAUGUUACUAUUCAAGUCGGCAACAACGGGGCCAAGUACAAAGUAUCCCGUCCUCUCCUCUGCAGACAUUCCUCCUAUUUCAGAGCGAUGUUCGAUAGCUGUUUCAAAGAGGGCAACGAGCAAGCAGUGACCAUGCACAAGAUCAGAGGCGUUGUCACUGAGCGUAGCCUCCUCAUGCUCCUCCAGUGGCUGUACCUCAAUCGUAUCGAGUUUCCAUCGCAGAUUCAAGGAAGAUGCAUCAAUGCGUACAUCGAAAUGGCUCGACUGGCGGACAUGUGGCGCAUCACAGGCAUGGAACAACUUCUGGCUGAUAAGAUCAAGGCCAUCAUUACCAGCUCUAUUCCCCGAGUUAACCUAUCCUGUGCCGGAGGAGAAAACGGAAAGGUUCGUCUCCUGACUUCUAGCCAUAUUAAGUCGGCCUCAAUGUUGUUCAAGGGUCAUCCGGUCCGCUCUCUUAUUGCUGAGGCUUCGGUCGGUCCCUUCAUUCUCAUGGAUAAUUUCAAGUUCGCCAGAGAGCUUCGUGAAAACGCCAAUUAUGCUGGUGACCUGCUUGACGAACUGAAGGAUUUGAUCAAAGGGCAGGUUAAGGAUAAGAGAGUCAUCACUCCCUACACCCUUCAUUAUUGGAAGAAUUCUUGA